AUGCCCAACCCUCAAUUACACUAUACCAAACUUAUUUACGAACGUCGCAUCAAUCCACAACGGCCGUUGAAAGUAGAACUCACCCAACCAACCGGGUUUCAUUGCACAGGACCCUGCUGUAGACAUUGUCCCACCCACUCGUCACAGUACUACAACCCACGUCACCAACCUAACAAGCCAUUAAUAGGAUUCAGGUGCCCGCUCGACAAAGCACAAGGUGCUUUCCGGACAUAUAGUCGGAUCGAGUACCUUCAGGAUAUUUGCACACUGAACGACUUACAACCCCAGUUGUGUAACUCAUCCAAAGGCACAGUUCAGUCAAGUCCUCUAUUGGUUAUCACCAAGCAACACGGAAACCACCUUAUCAAUAAUAUGGAAGACCCGAAACGCACGCGCUUACCUUGCGCCGGCAUCCAUGACGUACGUCCCCACGUAGGCAAAGGCAAGCCCGGCAAUCGCAAAUGCACAUGGCAAGUGUGUCCUGACUGCUGCCGUCCUCAGCGUGCGGCCACUGGAACUCAAUGUUACACUCAUGAAUCAGCCGAGCGUGCAAAGGCCAGUGUGGUACCAAAUACUCAACCAUUCCUUGACAGCGUAAUCGAAUCUGCCGCCAGUACUAGCACCCAAGCCGCUAUCGAUGCCCAGAUCUUGCCAGAAAUCGAAGUAGAUCAAUCUCAGCUCUUAGGGCCACCCCCUCCACUUCACCCUUUGGCGCUGACACCUGCAACUAUGUGCAUUUACCACCUUAACCGAUCCAAGAAAGAAGAAGCCAAGCGAGCCAAAGAAGCCGCUGAGGCGAGUUGUGACAAAAACAUCUCGAUUUAG